AUGGCGCAACAACAACAGCAGCAACUUCGACGCGAGGACGAGACGGAAGACACUCUCGACGAAGCCCUCCGCGAUGGAGCCCGUAUUGAAGAGCUACCGUCCGACGACUCUGACGAAGAUUUCGAAGACCUCGACGAGGACUUUACUGGUCCACCGUUCCCUGGCAAACACCUGCUCAAACGCAACGAUGUGGACUUGCCGCCGUGGCUGCAGCCCGAGACGUUCAGUCUAUUUCACGACGAUUUGACGACUAUGACGUCUGAAGCACAGGUCAAAGUUACGGCUGAGUGUCUCCCACUACUCACGGGCAAGGAGAGACUAAAUGGAUUGAGAUACAACCGCUAUGGGAUCCCACAUCUUAAUCGCGAGAAACACAUCGCUUUCCUCAAAGGUUCGCUGGAAGCUCUCCCGGCGCCCUACGUUGUCAUCGAUGCUAGCCGACCUUGGGUCUUCUACUGGACGCUCGGCGGCCUCUCAUUUCUGGAGCAGGACGUAUCGCCGUACACACAACGACUCGUAGAGACUGUGCGGCCACUUCAGAACCCCUACGGAGGUUUCGGAGGCGGACAUGGGCAGUAUAGCCACUUGGCAGGUACAUAUGCAUGUCUUCUGGCACUAGCGGCAGCAGGUGGCCUGGAGGCUGUGGAUAGGAAAGGACUGUGGCAUUGGCUGGGACAGAUGAAGCAAAGCGAUGGCGGGUUUACGAUGUCAAAGGGAGCGGAAGAGGACAUCAGGGGUGCUUAUUGUGCCAUGACGGCGAUCUCUCUGCUGAAUCUACCACUGGAGUUGCCACCCGACGCACCUGCGAGGAAGGCUGGAUUGGUGAAGUUCACGGACAGGUUAGGUGAAUGGGUGGGUCGGUGUCAGACCUACGAGGGUGGGAUUGCUGGGGCUCCGACGAACGAAGCCCAUGGAGCAUACGCCUUCUGCGCGUUGGCUUGUCUGAGCAUUCUCGACGCUCCGCAUAUCAGCAUUCCCAAAUACCUCGAUGUCGCAGCUCUACUCGGCUGGCUGUCCGGCAUCCAAACAUCACCAGAGGGAGGAUUCGCAGGUCGAGCGAACAAGCUCGUUGACGCUUGCUACAGCCACUGGGUCGGAGGCUGCUGGGCGUUGAUUCAAGCCGCUCUCGCCGGCCAAGCGCAUAUUGGUCGAACGCAAGAUCUCUGGAGUCGCGAAGGCCUCGUUCGGUACCUACUAUGCUGCGCGCAGCAACAGGGCAAGAAAGGCGGGAUGCGUGACAAGCCCUCCGCCAGACCUGAUGCAUACCAUACUCUAUACUCUCUGGCGGGACUCAGUGCGGCGCAGAACCAUUACUUCUACGAUGUCAAUGGUCCAAGUCAAGAGGGCGAGAACGGACGCUUGACGGCGGCGUUCAAUUGGAGCGCAGAAAAGCCGUCGGAUACUGAACUGGCUGCUUGGAAGAUUGAGAGACAGGACGCAGUCAUACCCGUGCAUCCCGUGUUCGUGUUGCCCCUGGAAGUCGUGGAGAGGACGAAGUUGCAAUUCGAGAAAAGCAGCUUCUGA